AUGAAGGUCCUUUUAGUACUGUGUGCACUCACGGUGUGCGCAUCAGCCACUUUCGACCAACUGUUUAAAGGAAAGAAGGACUUCGACCUCAGCGGACUCUUCGAGGGUCUGUUUGACAAGGGAGGUCACUCAAAGGGAGGACCUCCGCCUUCUUCCUACCACCCGCCGCCUCGUCCCGUCUACGGACCUCCACCAGUGCACCACGCACCCCCACCACCGCCGGUGUACGGUCCGCCUGCUCCAGUGUACGGACCUCCACCAGUGCAUCACGCUCCGCCACCUCCACCCCCGCCUCCGCCAGUGUACGGACCGCCUGCUCCGGUUUACGGACCUCCGCCAGCACACCACGGACCUCCGCCGCCGCCACCUCCGCCACCACGUCCCGUCUACGGACCUCCGCCAGCACAUCACGGACCUCCGCCUCCGCCACCUCCGCCACCACGUCCAGUCUACGGACCUCCGCCAGCACAUCACGGACCUCCGCCACCACCUCCACCACCACCUCGCCCGGUCUACGGACCUCCGCCAGUACAUCACCACGCCCCUCCUCCACCACCACCACCACCACCACGCCCGGUCUACGGACCUCCGCCAGUACAUCACCACGCCCCUCCACCACCAGUAUACGGACCGCCUCCGGUACACCACGCACCUCCCCCACCACCGCCACCACCACCACGUCCCGUCUACGGACCUCCGCCAGUGCAUCACCACGCCCCUCCACCACCCCCACCACCACCACCACGCCCCGUCUACGGACCUCCGGCUCCUGUGUACAACCCACCUCCGCCACCGCCAGCACCUGUGUACAGCGCUCCUGUAUAUAGCGCUCCUCCUGCACCUCUACCACCGCCACCGCCGCCACCACCGCCGCCGCAGCCACAGCCGGUGUAUCAGCCUCCGCAAACGUUCUACAGUGCGCCGGAGCCCAUCCAGCUGCUGCCGCUCGAGCACAAGCCGGUCAGCUUCUCCGGCGUCAGUUCGGCCUCGGUCGCGUCCGGUUCCGUCACCGGCGAGGGCUACCACUACGGUGUCGGGCACGGCUCCGGCCACUAG